UAGCGAGAACUGAAUAAUCAGAAAAGUGCGACACACAUAACGGUGCCUAUAUAAAUAGCUCACACCACUCUAUAGUCGCUAUUUACAGUUGAACGGUGUAGGAGGUAUUCGAUCUAAUUCAAUAGUGCUCCGCAAUUACUGGAAAUUCCACUUGACCCGGGCAAACAAAGGAGACAAAUAUGCUUUUCAUUGGGGGCGUUUCGAGGCCCCUGGGACUGGGACUCUUGCUCCUGGGACUGAUAGCGCCCAUCUGUGGGAUUGGCUUUCGUCACGGACGGCUGAGCAAUGGGUUCCUUGGAGAGCCCAGCAAGAUUCCAACACUCCAGAGAUCCCUGGAGUCCGAGGACCUGUGGUUCGAGCAGAAGUUGGACCACUUCAAGGGCAGCGAUACGCGCACUUGGCAGCAGCGAUAUUUUGUGAAUGCCGACUACUACCGCAACGAUAGCUCCGCCCCAAUAUUCCUGAUGAUUGGCGGCGAGGGAGAGGCGUCGGCCAAGUGGAUGAGGGAAGGAGCUUGGGUCCAUUAUGCCGAACACUUUGGAGCACUCUGUCUGCAGCUGGAGCACCGUUUCUACGGCAAGAGUCAUCCCACUGCGGAUCUGUCAACCGAGAAUCUGCACUAUCUGAGUUCCGAGCAGGCUCUCGAGGAUUUGGCCAGCUUUGUGACCGCCAUGAAGGUGAAGUUCAACCUGGCCGAUGGUCAGAAAUGGAUCGCUUUCGGUGGCUCCUAUCCGGGAUCCCUGGCAGCCUGGGCAAGGGAAAAGUAUCCAGAACUCAUCUUCGGAUCUAUCAGCUCUAGUGGUCCCCUGCUGGCCAAGGUGAACUUUAGGGAGUACUUCGAGGUGGUCAAAGCCUCGCUGGCUUCCUAUAAACCCGAAUGCGUAGAGGCUGUGACUCGCAGCUUCGCCCAGGUGGAGAUCCUUCUCAGGCACAUGAUUGGUCAGCGCAGUCUGGAUGAGAAGUUCAAGACCUGCACUCCUAUUAAAGAUUCCAUUGAAAACGAAUUGGACAUGGCCAGUUUCUUUGAGAAUCUGGCAGGCAACUUCGCAGGAGUGGUGCAAUACAACAAGGAUAACAGCCCCCACGCCACUGUAACCAUUGAUGAUAUCUGUAAUGUAAUGCUCAAUACCACCGCAGGGCCACCUGUAACCCGUUUGGGCCUGGUAAAUGACAUGCUAUUAAAGGAGUCGAACACCACCUGCCUGGACUACAAAUACGAGAAGAUGGUAGCCGAUAUGAAGAAGGUAUCCUGGGACUCGGAGACUGCCAAGGGAUCGAGACAGUGGACCUACCAAACCUGCCAUGAAUUUGGCUUCUAUCAGACCUCCGAAAACAAGGAAGACAUCUUUGGAGGUCGAUUUGGAGUCGACUACUUCAUUCGCCAGUGCAUGGAUGUGUUCUCUAAAAAUAUGGACGCCAAGUUCUUGGAUCUGGUGGUGUCCGGUACCAACGAUAACUAUGGCGCCCUGAGGCCAAAUACCACAAAUGUUUUGUAUGUGCACGGUUCCAUUGAUCCAUGGCAUGCUUUGGGAUUGGUGAAGUCUCCAAACUCGGCACUUCCAACGAUUUACAUAGAAGGAACUGCUCACUGCGCAAAUAUGUACGAGCCUGUGAAAACCGAUCCGCCCCAACUGGUGGCCGCUCGAAAUAAGAUCACCAAGUUCUUGGCCAAGCUUCUGGAAGGCUACACCUCAACCCUAAUAUGAAACCCAAAGCAAUCAGAAAUGAGCUCAGUCAAGUGUAAUUUUGGAUUCGUCAGCGAUCUGUUUUAUUUUUUGUAAUUCGCUGAGUUGUAUAAUAUAUAUUUUUGCUCCGCUGGGAGUUAAUCCUU